AUGUUAUAUCGAAGCGUAGUAUUUAAUGUUCAAAGACAUCAAGAUGUAAUGAGAAAUAUAGAAGUAGUGGACUUAUCAAAAAUACGGAAUUGGGCAAUUAUUGCACAUAUAAAUCAUGGAAAAUCAACAUUAAGCGAUAGAUUAUUAGAAAUUACUGGAACAAUAUCUAAAUCGUCGGAAAAUUGUCAGGUUUUGGAUAAAUUAAAAGUGGAACAAAAGAGAGGUAUUACUGUUAAGGCACAAGCCUGCAGUAUGUUUUAUAAUUAUAAAUCUGAAACAUACCUUCUUAAUUUAAUUGAUACUCCUGGUCAUGUUGAUUUUAGAGCAGAAGUUAAUCACAGUUUGGCAGUAUGUGAUGGUUGUUUAUUACUUGUGGACGCUUCUCAAGGGAUCCAGUCACAAACGGUUGCUAAUUUUCAUCUUGCAUUAUCUAAAGGAUUAAUGAUUUUACCUAUAAUAAAUAAAAUUGAUUUACCUAAUUCAGAGCCAUUAAAGGUUUUAGACCAGUUAAAGCAGAUAUUUAAUAUAAUUCAAGAAGAUGUUAUUUUUGUUUCUGCAAAAAAUGGAGUUGGCAUAGAAAAAAUUAUUCCUGCUAUUAUUGAUAAAAUACCGCCACCUAAAGGAUCUUUAAUUGAUAAUUUAAAAUGUUUUCUUAUAGACAGCUGGUAUGAUCAUUUUAAUGGAAUUAUUCUUUUGGUGAAAAUUUAUGAUGGUUUUUUACGUAAGGGUGAUAAAAUUCAAAGUAUUUAUACGGGUUUAAAAUAUGACGUUGCAGAAGUUGGAAUAAUGUAUCCUGAUAGAAUUUCAACAGAACUUCUUAAAGCUGGACAAGUUGGUUAUAUUAUAUUAGGUAUGAAAAAUGACAAUGAAUCUUAUAUAGGAGAUACAUUUUGUCAUGUGGGUAAAGAAGUUAUACCUUUGCCUAAGUUUGAAGAAUCUAAACCUACUGUAUUUGUUAGUGCUUUUCCUUUAGAUGGAAAUAGUUUUCAAAAACUUAAUGAAAGUAUUUCUCAUUUGGUAUUAAAUGAUAGAUCUAUAUAUGUAGAAAAAGAAACAUCUAUUGCAUUAGGUCAAGGAUGGCGUAUCGGAUUUAUUGGAUCUCUUCAUUUAUCUGUAUUUAUAGAUAGAUUAAAAGAUGAAUAUGAUGAAGAGAUAAUAAUUACAUCACCUACUGUGCCUUUUAAAAUAACAUAUAAAGAUGGAAGAGAAAAAAUGAUUUCAAAUCCAACAUUAUUCCCUGAUUUUGUAAAUAUACGGCAAAAUAUUUUGAAAUUAGAAGAACCUAUAACAGAAGUUAUUAUGGUAUUUCCAAUAGAAUACUUAGGGGUUGUUAUUGAAUUAUGUGAAAUUUAUAGAGGUGUUCAGAAAGAAAUAUUAUUUCCUUCUGAAGAAAAAUGCAUUCUUAAAUAUGAAAUUCCUAUGGUUUUGUUAAUUGAUGAUUUUUAUGGGAAACUUAAAGGUCUUACAAAAGGAUAUAUUAGUUUGGAUUAUAGAGUUAUUGGUUAUAAAGUGUCUGACUUAGUUAAAAUGAAGCUUUUAAUUAACGGUAAAACUAUUGACGCUCUUUCCACUGUGCUCCAUAGAAGUCAGGUUCAUAAAAAAGGAAAAGAGUCAGUAAGGCAUCUAAAGUCUUUAAUCAAACAACAGUUAUAUGAGGUGGUGAUACAGGCAGCUGUAGAAAAUAGAAUUGUAGCCCGUGAAACAUUAAGUCCAUUAAAAAAAGAUGUGACAGCUAAAUGUUACGGAGGAGACGUUACGUAUUUAAAACCAUAA